UACUGAUAGACAUCAUUUGCAUUGCUUUGUUAAAAAAAACAGCAAACGUUACAAAUUAUUUUUCACAGACACAAGCGGCUUAUUGACCUCCAAAUUUCCAAAAUGUUGUCGACUGUUGGGAGGGCCUUGCGAAAUUCUUCUACACCGAAAACACUAUUUGUUGGGGCAAGAUGUGCAUCAAAUGAGGCAACAUUUGAAGUGGCACAAUGUAAACUACACAAACUAGAGCAAGGUCCUGCUACUACAGUCACCUGUACCAGGGAGGAUGCAUUAAAAUACUACAGACAGAUGCAAACCAUCAGAAGAAUGGAAACAACAGCAGGGAACCUGUACAAAAGUAAACAGAUCAGAGGAUUCUGUCAUCUGUAUUCUGGACAGGAAGCAUGUUGUGUAGGUAUGGAGAAUUCCAUUACACCAGACGACUCUGUAAUCACAGCAUACAGAGCCCAUGGUUGGGCCUAUAUUAGAGGUAUAUCUGUCCAUGGUGUACUGGCUGAAUUAAUUGGCAAAAAGACGGGAUGUGCACAAGGAAAAGGAGGGUCUAUGCACAUGUAUGCUAAGAACUUUUAUGGUGGAAAUGGGAUUGUAGGAGCACAGGUUCCAUUAGGAGCGGGUAUAGCAUUCACCCAGAAAUACCUGAACAAUGGUAAUAUCUGUAUAACACUGUAUGGGGAUGGAGCAGCUAACCAGGGUCAAGUUUUUGAGGCAUUCAACAUUGCUAUGUUAUGGAAACUUCCAUGUAUAUUUGUCUGUGAGAACAAUGGUUAUGGUAUGGGUACAAGUGUAGAGCGAGCAUCUUACAGUACAGAUUAUUAUACCAGAGGAGAUUAUAUGCCAGGGCUUAGGGUAGAUGGUAUGGAUGUAUUAGCAGUGAAGGAAGCCACUAGAUUUGCUAAAGAUUAUGUUUUGAAGAAUGGUCCUCUCCUUAUAGAGUGUGCUACAUAUAGAUACUCAGGUCACAGUAUGAGUGAUCCAGGCACAAGCUACAGAACAAGAGAAGAGAUACAGGAAGUAAGACAGACCAGGGAUCCUAUCACCAGUUUUAAACAGAAACUACUAGAAUCAAAUUUAGUAACAGAAGAUGAACUCAAGAAAAUAGAUCAAGAUGUAAGAAAAGAAGUAACAGAAUCGGAGAAGCUAGCUAUAGCUGAUGCUGGUCCCCCGCUGGAGGACAUGUACGAUCACAUUUAUGUCCAGCCUGACGCAGACUUUAAAGUCAGAACAUGUGAUCCUGUUACAAUGGUGGCUUCACGAUAAAAGUCCUUACAGACCAUACUCAAUUUGCUGUCAAUUAUUGUUAUUUAUAUUAUUUAAGAUUACAUUUUGUAGGGGUGCAAUGAUCUUUUUAUACAUAUCACAAAAAUUCAGGUGUUGUAUGUUAAGUUAUUUCUUUGGUGAUUGUCUAGCUACUAAAGAAGGUCAUACAUGCAAUAUCUGUUUAAUGAUAGGCAAAAUAUUUUUGUAAAUUUUUAUGAAGUUCCAUAUCUGGACAUAAACAAAGGUAGUUUUAUAAAGUUAUUGGAUGUUUAAACACUGUAUUUGACUAUUUCACUCACAAAUUUUAUAUUCAGUUAAUUGGUUUUCAUAUUUGAGACUAAAAUGUAUUGUUGCACCCCUAAGAAUUUGUGAUACAAUCAACAGAUAUUAAGAACUAAUGAAGUCUUAAAAAUAUAUUUAAGAAAAGAAAUAUACUUGUAACAAAAGUAUUUUUUGACUAAGAUAGACUUUGAAUGCUGGAAUUUCUUUUAAUUAAGCAGUUAACUGAACUAUGAAAAACAAAGCAUCUAAGGUCAGACAUGAACCAUAAAUAUCUGUUCAUUCCAAUUUGAAUCUCAAUCAGCCAAAUAAUUUUUUUUUCAGUGUACAUUUUUUUAGUUGUAAUAGUGAAAUACAUUUAAAUUGACAGCUUCUCUCUGUACAUGUAUAACAAAACAUUACUAAUUUCAAAAAAGAGAAUAUUUAUGAUAUUCAAGAAGGUAAAAGAUAAAUUUUUUCCUUCCCAUUUGUCAGAUCUUUUUUCAUUUUUUAAAAUCUAAAUGAUAUAAAACAGGAAUGGUUCCACUGAAUAAGUUUUAUUUAAUGAGUUAUUAAUGUUAUGUUGAUAUAUUUACUUCGUAAAUUUGUCAAUUCUGCGGAGAUUAAACUGAAAAAAACUAUUAGCAGCUGAUUAAAAUAAUAAAUAAAUAUAUCUUCUCAGGUCCUUAUUCAUCUACUCAAAACUUGCCUAAUGGAUAAUUUUAUUUUGAAAAAAAAAUCAGCAAAGUUUGAGAAUUUUUACUUGUAAUAAUUGUAUACAGUAUACUUUGUGGAAAAUUGGAAAAAAAAACAGUACAUCCAUGAUUCAUAUGAAAUUUAAAGAGCUUCUGAGAAGCUUCAGUUGUUAUAUAGCUGUUAUAUUUGUGAUGAAGUAUUGCAUGAGUCAUACAUUUUAUGUACAAUUGAGUUUAUUUUUAUUUGAAUAUGCAAUAAAAUUAAAACUA